AUGGGCAACAGAACACACAAGCAGAAACGCUCAAGAGACAACCUGGCAAUAGCGGGGCUCAGAGCACAGAAAGGCUUGGAUGGCAUGCAAGCAGCGUGGGCGAUCAAAAAAUAUCGUGACCAUCGUGUUCUCCCGCAAUCCAUUACGGAGGAGUUUGAUUGUCAUGCACUUCCAUCAACACAUUAA